GAUCACUCCAGCUCCAGAGACGAGUGGACGAAGUACGCCAGAAGGCAAAGACGAGCGCAGAACAUGAGGAUUCCUCCUCACAACAGCCGGCUCUCAGUCUUCACUGUGCACCCUAUCAGUCUGUCACUGCGCGCCGCUUACCGAAUCUCUCCGCUAAGUUAAAUAAACGGACUUACCAGGACUCCCGUGUAUUCCCUAAAUAAAUGGACUCGUUCUCAUUUUCAUUUCGCUGUUUAUCGUCAGUGCGUAUGGAGAGGCACUGUCCUCUCGGCACCACUGGAUCUUGCUUUUGUUUUGACGUUUCCCCCUUGCGACGCAUGACAACCUCGCCGUAGACCGCGCGUACUUUUUACGCACAGACGAUGACGAGGAUAAAAGCAAUAAGGAAUUAAAGAUCCCUCAAUUUAUUUACCCCUUCGGGGGAUUAAGGAGCUAAAAGGGGAGUGCGGAGGAAGGGGGACAGUUUGAGUUUCACCCUUGACCCGUGGCCCCCGUAGCACUCCGUGUUUGGGGGCUUUCUUGUUUUGAGAGGGGGUAAUGCGUGUUCCCGCGGUGCUGGGGCUCCUGGUCGCCUGCGCGCUGAUCUGCGCCCCGGUGAGCGAAGCGUGCGGCCCGGGCAGGGGCUACGGCAAACGGCGGCCUCCCAAGAAACUCACGCCGCUCAACUACAAGCAGUUCAGCCCGAACGUGGCCGAGAAGACGCUGGGCGCCAGCGGCAGGCUCGAGGGCAAGAUCACGAGGAACUCGGAGCGCUUCAAGGAGCUCACGCCCAACUACAACCCCGACAUCAUCUUCAAGGAUGAGGAGAACACGGGCGCGGACCGGCUCAUGACCCAGCGUUGUAAGGACAAGCUGAACUCGCUGGCCAUUUCCGUCAUGAACAUGUGGCCAGGUGUGAAGCUGAGGGUCACCGAGGGCUGGGAUGAAGACGGCAAUCACUUUGAGGAAUCUCUGCACUAUGAAGGCAGAGCAGUGGACAUCACCACCUCUGACCGUGACCGUAAUAAAUACGGCAUGUUGGCACGGCUGGCGGUUGAGGCUGGCUUUGACUGGGUUUACUACGAGUCCAAAGCACACGUCCACUGCAGCGUGAAGUCAGAACACUCUGUGGCUGCUAAGACAGGUGGCUGUUUUCCGGGAGGAGCUCUGGUCAGUCUGGAGAAUGGGAGCAGGAAGGUCAUGCAGGAUCUGCAGCUGGGUGAACGAGUCUUGGCAUCAUCGCAUGGUGACGGCAGCGGGCAGCUCAUCUUCAGCGAGGUCAUCGGCUUCCUAGACCGCCAAUCCUCCGCCCGCACACUGUUUUAUACAAUAGAGACAGAGUCUGGUGCUGCAUUAAGCCUCACCGCUGCCCACCUCGUGUUUGUGGCUGAGGGGAACUGCUCGGGCUCGGUGCCCAGGGGACAGCUCAGGACUGUGUUUGCCAGCGAGGUGCAGCUGGGUCAGUGUGUGGUUUCGGCUCAGGGACCGGGACAAGAAGGAAAGCUUUCCCGAGUGAUUAGGGUUCAGCUACAGGAGCACAUGGGAGUGUUCGCGCCUCUCACCCUGCAUGGCACGGUUGUGGUUAAUGACAUUGUGUCCUCCUGCUAUGCUGCCGUGGAUGAACACUGGCUCGCUCAUGUUGCUUUCAGCCCGCUAAGGGCACUUCAUCACUUGGGAGGGCCGAUGGGCCACCAGGCUGAAGGGGUGCACUGGUACUCCUCACUGCUGCACUGGAUCGGAACACACAUACUCGACCCGAAACACUUUCACCCCUGGAGUGCGCUUGCCUCUGACAGAUGAGAGGGAAAGAAAUGAAAUGCAAGAAAGAAAUCAGACUGAAUGAGAGUGAAUGGAAUAACUUUUUUGUCCCAUUAAAAAAAAAAAACGUUUCUCUUUAAAGACUUGAAGAGUGCAGUAAUUCCCUGGGUGUGUUCUCACUUGGAGGACAUCCUCAAAACUAUUCAAAAACCCACAUGUAAAAAUAUUCAAUGCAAAACUCUUUGAAAUGGGUUUCUUUUAUUGCCUACACUGGAGCAUACUCACAAACACAAACACACAAACACGCACACUUCUA